AAGUCAGCUCAUUGCCUACUCGUGACAGCUGUGACCAAACUGAUGACAUGCUGCUGUACAGUGACGAGGUGCUACCGGAAGUGAGGCCUUUGUGCUCUACUCCAAAGCGUGGUGCAAAUGCCCCAGGUCUCAAUCUGAGCAGGACUGACUACUUCAGCGAUGACACAUCCAGCUCUGGGGACCUUGAGUCAGGCUUGCACAACUACACAAAUGACUCCUCAUAUGUCUGUGACGAGCUGAAUGAUGACACUGAUAAUGAGCUGCCUGCGCAAGGAUUGGGUGAAGACGGAGUGGCUGAAAAAAAAUACAUCGUCUUUCAGUCGUGCUUGAUGGAACUCUUGCACCAUUGCAAGAUUUGUGGAGCAUCGGGAAGCACGGUUGACAUUGUGGCAAGUGGAACGAUGAUUUCAACGACCACGAAAUGUUCAGGAAACCAUGUGACAAAGUGGUGUAGCCAGCCAAUGGCUAAAGGAAAGCCACUUGGCAAUUUGCUGUUGAGCUGUGCUAUACUGUUUACUGGGAGCAGCCCAACUAAGGUCAUACGCCUGCUCUCUGUAAUGGGGGUGCAGUCGCUGCAGAAGACACAGUACUUUCAGUACCAGAGGUGCUAUCUACUUCCAGCAGUUGAGCAGGCAUGGCACUCCCACCAGAGGACCUUAAUUGAAGAGGCCAAGCACCAGCCACGCUCACUAGCAGGUGAUGGCAGGUGUGACACGCCGGGCCAUUCAGCAGACUUCGGGACGUACACGUUGCUCGACACUGACCUCAACAAAAUCUUGCACAUUGAGCUUGUCAAGUCAACAGAAGUUGCUUCCAGCAACCGAAUGGAAAGAGAAGGACUGCAGAGAGCACUUCACGAGCUGACCCAUCUUGGCCUGCAGAUUGAGUCUCUCGUCACUGAUCGCCACUCCGAAAUUAAAGCCUUCAUGAAGCAGUAUUAUCCAGCAAUAUGCCACCUGUUUGACUUGUGGCACAUUGGAAAAGGCUUGAAGAAGAAGAUUGUUGCCUUGGGGAGGACAAGGCAGCAUGAAUCCGUGCUUGGGUGGCGAAAGACCAUCAUUCGCCAUCUUUAUUGGUGUGCUAUCAACAGUAAGGGCAAUGAGGCGUUGUUCUUGGCGAGGUGGCUGUCCAUUCUCCGACACAUUGUCAACGUACAUAGUCACCCUGACCCUCUGCACCCUUCAUGCUUUCACGGCGAGCUGCCAGAACGUGACUGGUUGGUCGAAGGGUCGGAGUCCUUCCUGCGCCUGAGGGGUAUUUUGGCAGCACCACAUCUUCUUCGUGACCUUCCACGGGCAUCACACAAGGCCCAGACAUUUGGUCUGGAAGGAUUCCACAGCCUGCUAAUCCACUUUGCCCCUAAGAGCAGCCGCUUCACCUAUGAAGGAAUUCUGGCAAGAACACGAAUUGCAGCUCUGCAUUAUAAUGAAAACAGCUGCAGAGGAACACUGACAGACGCUGCAGGUGUGGAAAGAUUUUCGCAGAGAUUCUCCCGCGGCGAGAAAGAAUGGACUGUGGCUCCAGUGAAAGAGAGAGCAACUUAUGAGUAUGUGCCUGCAUUGCUAAGCCAUGUCAUGCAAUGCCUCGAGAAGUGGCCAUCAUUUUCAGCUGCUGAAAACUCAGUUGUGCGAAGCCAUCAUGACACACUCUCAGCCAAGUAUGGUCCAAAGCCAUCGAUGGAAGAUGCAAGGAAGAGGCGAUAUUCACGCUUUGCACCUCACACAUAGAUCAUUGGUUGAUCUGUGAUCCUGCUGCCAUGUUUGGAUCUCUCUCUUCUAGUGUAUGUUGUUUAGUGUGCUAGGGACAAUGCUUCUACACGGCCUCAUCCAGUCAUCGCCACUCCCAACUACUGCCCACUCUGUUACCACUGUGGAAGCUGGCCACACCUACCUCUGAUGCCAGUACCAAGACAUCGGACCGUGUGGUUGCAUUGUUAAUGUGCUUCGUCCAGUAUUGUGACUGGCCAUGUGACAUCGUCGACUGCCUCACAGCAAAUGAGUGGAGGCCUCGACGGCCAUCACGUCCACCGUCAUUGGUGCACUGUCUGUGUUGACCACGCUGGCCCAACCUGGGCAGGUCGGUUAGCUCAUAUGCAUAAAACUAAAAGCAGCAACUGGUGGAGGUCUGGUUGCUGUUCGUCAAAAUAGUGAAGACCUUCCACUGCCGCUCUUAAUAUUCCAAGGUUCAACAUGACAACAGACUCUUUCUGUUGUCAAGUCAAGG